CUGUCAGUCUGGGUCCCUGUUGUCUUUCAAGUUGUGCUGCGGGUUGCAGUUUUCUCCUGUUUUUUUGCUUGUUGUUCUAGAGCCUAGAGGUUAAUUUGAUAAAAAAGCCGAUUUCAUAAAGUUUUUGGAUUCAAGAGUUUUACCAUCUUGUUGUCAAAAUGGUAGUACGUCAAUAUAACGAAGAACUAAAGUACCUUGAAAAGAUGAGUCCAUAUUGCUGGAAAAUCAAAAUGGGUUUUCAGCCAAAUAUGAAAGUAGAAGGCGUAUUCUAUGUUAAUAGUACCCUAGAAAAGCUCAUGUUAGACGAAUUGAAGAAUGCCUGUAGACCGGGCAUGACAGGAGGUUUUCUUCCAGGCGUAAAGCAAAUAGCAAAUGUUGCGGCCUUACCCGGUAUUGUCGGCAAAUCAAUCGGUUUGCCGGAUAUACAUUCGGGAUAUGGAUUCGCUAUUGGCAAUAUGGCAGCUUUUGACAUGGCUGACCCUACAUCCAUUGUAUCGCCAGGUGGUGUGGGUUUUGAUAUUAAUUGUGGUGUCCGUCUGCUAAGAACCAAUUUACAUGAAAAAGAUGUCCAGCCAAUUAAGGAACAAUUGGCUCAGAGUUUAUUUGACCAUAUACCAGUAGGUGUCGGUUCUAAAGGUAUCAUACCCAUGAAUGCUAGGGAUUUAGAGGAAGCCUUAGAAAUGGGAAUGGAUUGGUCAUUACGUGAAGGCUAUGUCUGGGCUGAAGAUAAGGAGCAUUGUGAGGAAUAUGGACGCCUACUAAAUGCUGAUCCCUCAAAAGUCAGUUUACGUGCCAAGAAGAGAGGUUUGCCACAGUUAGGCACCUUGGGUGCUGGUAAUCAUUAUGCUGAAAUACAAGUUGUUGAUGAGAUAUAUGAUAAGUAUGCUGCAGGGAAAAUGGGCAUUGAAAGGCUAGGCCAAGUAUGUGUUAUGAUUCAUUCUGGUAGCAGAGGUUUUGGCCAUCAGGUAGCAACAGAUGCAUUAGUUCAAAUGGAGAAAGCUAUGAAAAGGGAUCAAAUUGAAACAAAUGAUCGUCAGCUGGCUUGUGCCAGAAUUAAUUCAGUGGAAGGUCAAGACUACUUAAAAGCAAUGGCAGCAGCAGCCAAUUUUGCUUGGGUAAACAGAAGUUCAAUGACAUUUUUGACUCGUCAGGCAUUUGCUAAGCAGUUUAAAAUGGCACCUGAUGAUCUAGACAUGCAUGUCAUUUAUGAUGUGUCUCACAAUAUUGCAAAGGUUGAAGAGCAUAUAGUAGAUGGGAAACCCAGGACUCUCUUGGUUCAUCGAAAGGGUUCAACCAGAGCCUUCCCUCCACAUCAUCCAUUGAUACCAGUCGACUACCAGCUGACUGGGCAACCAGUACUCAUUGGUGGAACUAUGGGCACAUGCAGUUAUGUGCUAACUGGCACUCAUCAGGGAAUGACUGAAACUUUUGGUUCCACUUGCCAUGGCGCAGGGCGAGCAUUAUCUCGGGCGAAGUCUAGACGCAAUCUGGACUACAAGGAAGUACUCACAAAAUUAGAGGGCCUCGGUAUUUCCAUCAGAGUAGCAUCACCAAAGUUGGUUAUGGAGGAAGCACCCGAGUCAUACAAAAAUGUUACUGACGUCGUCAACACUUGCCAUGCAGCUGGAAUUAGCAAGAAGACUGUCAAGUUACGCCCCAUCGCAGUAAUCAAAGGCUGAAAUAGUGUAUAAUUUAUACUCAUAAACAUAUUUGUGUGAGGAAUAAUAUCCAAAACUAUAUUAACAUUAUUUGUUUGUAAGUGAUUUUUCAUAAUUGUAUGCAUUGCAUUUCUAAAUAAAAAAUAACUUUUAUUUA